GGAGCGAGGCAGCGUGCGUCGAGUGCGAGCAGGGACACCACACUCGCGCUCGGGACCACCGCUAGUUUCGUGUUGUGUUGAGCCGUGGCCUGUAACGUGUCAGAAGGAAUCGGCAACAUGUCUGACUUUGACCACUUCUCCAGCAUGUCGAGUAACAGUGCAGUGGACUCCAGCCAGAAGCCGGAGGCGCCCGGGUCGAAUCGAGACUCGCUCAACCUCGACGACUUCGAGAAGGUCGAGGCCGACCAGCUCCCUCCCGCGGCCCAGGGCUUCCAGGCGGCCGCCGGGCUCGAGGGCGACCUCGUGUCCCAGGCCGCCUCCGUGGCGCCCCACAGCACCUCCUUCGGGGUCUCGCUCGACUCCAGCCCCGCCCUCGACACAGGUCUGCUCUCGUCGGCCGCGCCGCCCUUCGCCAGCGACCCCUUCAGGCUGGAGGCGACGGCCAGCGACGCCUUCGCCAAGGGAACCGCGCCCAGCGACGCCUUCGCCGCCUUCUCCCUGUCAGCCGACCCGCUCUCGGGUAAAGCCGAGUCCGAGGCGCCAUCAGCCGCCGCUGACACAGGGUCGUCGUCAGCCCCGCCACCUGCCGUCGCCUCCAUCCUGGACGACCUCCCGCCGCCGACGCAGACGGAGGCCAAGCCCGUGUCCCCCGUGCUCAGCGGCGCCGACGACGUCCUGGCGGCGGAGGCCUCCAAAUUCCUGGCCUCCGAGGGCAAGGGCGCCGAGGAACCCCACAGUGAGGCCCUGGCCUCUUUCGACCCCUUCAGCUCCCAGCCUCCCGCGGUAGAGGCGCUGGCCGAGCCCCUUGUGGCCCCCGUAAGCUUUGCCCCGGCGCCCAAGCGCGAGCCCAGCCCCGAGCCCCUGAGCAAGGAGGCGCCCCUGGGCAAGGAGGCGCCCCUGGACCCCCUCGCCAAGGGCGAGACGGACCUGUUCGGCCUGAAGGAGGCCGACCCCUUCGCCGUCCCCAAGGACCCCAGCCCCGACCCCUUCGCCAGGAGGGAGCCCAGCCCCGACCCCUUCGCCAGGAGGGAUCCUAGCCCAGUUCGCAGGGAGCCCACCCCUCCGCGUGAACCCACUCCCCCGCCCAAGGUGCCCACCCCAACCCCGAGGGAACCCACUCCGCCACCCAAGGAACCCACUCCUCCACCCAGGGAGCCCACCCCUCCACCCAAGGUGCCUACCCCGACGCCCAGGGAACCCACACCUCCAAGGGAACCCACACCUCCUCCAAGGGAACCCACCCCGCCUCCGAGGGAACCCACCCCUCCACCCAGGGAACCUACCCCACCGCCCAAGGUGCCUACGCCCACGCCCAGGGAGCCCACACCGCCCCCUCGGGAGCCCACCCCACCACCCAGGGAGCCCACCCCACCCCCCAAGGUGCCCACUCCAACGCCCAGGGAGCCCACCCCGCCUCCCAGGGAGCCCACCCCGCCGCCCAAAGUGCCCACCCCAACUCCGAGGGAGCCCACGCCCCCGAGGGAGGUGACCCCUCCUCCUCAGCUGGUGACCGUGGAGGCGUCGGCCCCGCCCGUGCAGGAGGCGCGGGUCACGGCGGGUCGCAAGUACGUGGUCUCCGCGGCGACCCGAGCCAACUUCGCCGUCUUCAACCCCCGGGCCUGGUUCAACCCCGACCAGCUGGACCCGCGAGUGGUUGACCUGAUCUACUGGCGCGAUGUGAAGAAGACGGGCGUUGUCUUCGGAGGGUUGAUGAUGAUCCUCAUCUCGCUGGCCUACCUGUCCCUCAUCUCCGUGGUGGCCUACACCUCCCUGACCGUCCUCUCAGGAACCAUCACCUUCCGCAUCUACAAGAACAUCAUGCAGGCCGUUCAGAAGUCACAGGAUGGACACCCAUUCAAGGACAUCCUGGAGCUUGACACCAACCUGCCCUCAGAAAAGGUGCACGAGGCUACUGAUGUCAUCAUUCAGCAGAUCAAUUCCACAAUCAGCGAACUCAAGCGACUCUUCCUUGUGGAGGACCUUGUUGAUUCCGUUAAGUUUGGUUGUCUGCUUUGGUGUUUGACCUACUUGGGAUCUUGGUUCAACGGUUUGACUCUUGUCAUCCUUGCGGUUGUAGCUCUCUUCAGCCUUCCCAAAGUCUAUGAACAGAACCAAGCCCAGAUUGACCAGUAUGUUGGUCUCGUUCGCUCACAAGUUAACGAUAUCAUGUCCAAGGUGAAGGCUUCCCUCCCCAUUGGAAACAAAGAGAAAACCCAGUAAGAAAAAGACAACAUCAACGUGUGAUAUCCUGAGUGCAUCUGUGUCUGUGCGCUACAUCAAACCACUGGUGUGUUGCGGCAUCUGCACCAACGUCGAAGUGCACACAUUUUAUUUGUGUGCAGAGUAAUCCCAGAGAGGAACCAACCAAUCCUAUUGUGGUCUGGCUUGCAAUGCUCCCCUAAGUCACACAAUGUUUCCUGAUGGGAAUGCACUAGCUAGCUGCCAUGUCUGUUGUAAUGAUAGGUGAACUUUGUAAUAUUGCUUUAGCUAUUAUGGUAACAUCUCUUCAAUGGCAGUGAACAAGUUUUUGUGUACAGUAAACCAGUGAUGGAACCCAGCAGCCAAGUUGUGAGGUUUGGGGAGCAUAAAGACAGUUUUACGAAUGAGAGAGGCACACAGUGAAAGAAAAAAAUAUAAAGUAAAAAGCACUUCCAGCUGAUAUUAUUAGUGCUAUUAAGAUGAUGCUCAGUUGAUGCUAUUGUGCCUCUGGUCACCCUAUUUCUGAUUCUCACCUUUGCUUGCUUGUGUUGGUUAGAAGAUUCUCUGUAGCAUCAAGGGUGUUUAGCAUGUGCUGGGCAUGCUAUUUAUGCAGUGCACCCAAGGUAUAAACAAGAAGUGGUGUUAUAGUUAUACAUACAAUCAAGGGUGAGGAACAUGUUUGUGAAAUACACUACUCCAUUGUAUAGUCAUUGCAUUAUCGUUCUUUGUAGUUUUUUUUUUUUCUUCUUCUUCUUUCAUCUUUCUUUUUAUUAAUUAGCACUGUGAAAGGAGUAUCAAUGCAAUCAUUUUCAGUUGUUUAGUUUGUCCUUAUAUGCUUCAAACUGGCUGUCAUAUAUGGUUAAUGUAGAAUUGCCAAUUAGUGCAAAAGAUCUGUUGUCCAAUGUCAGUCUUCUAAGAUCUGUCUUUAUUUAUAAUUUUCAUGCUUAUAAAAUUUUUCUAUUGAAAGAAAAAUCUCCAAUGUACCCAAGGCAUAUACUUUUAUAAAGGAUAAGCAAAUAGUGUUUUGAUUUUUUAUAUAUAAUCACCAAAGUAACUCUGUGGGAAACCUGCUUCCAUUUCAAUGGGUGUUCUCUUGUGUCUGUGAAGUGGGAAAUUCCACAUAUGUCAUAGUGCUGUUGCUUGCCACAGUCGUCUAUUAAAUAACUGUCUACAACCUCUUUAAGUGUUAUGGAGAUGCAAGUGAGGAUUUAAGCUUAUAUUACUACUAGAUAUGUUUAAUUAUUGUACUCAACAUCUAGGGGCUAUUAUUUGCUCUUGUUGUAACAGGAAUUCUAUUAGAUAUCUGGCUGAAUCUAGUUCGGAGAUUUACAUAUAUUUAAAGCUUUUAUUUAUAUUUGGGUAAUGGGUAGGAAAAUAUAGAAAAAAAAAAUUAUGCUUAAGUUGAAGGAGUUUUCUAAGUACUUGUAAGUGUUCUUUCAUAUUGCAUUAAAUACUGUCACAAACAACAGUAAAGUUGCUGUACUACCAAAUAAAACAUUCAAGAUUUACAAA